GGGUAUAUUCCCAUCAUGGUGAAGUCCAAGUUGUGCAACCUCUAUAAUCUUUCUCCACAAGACCUCGUACAGCACCAUGAGGAGGAAGAGGAAAUGGGAGGCUACUUCAUAAUUAAUGGCUUAGAAAAGGUUAUUAGGAUGCUGAUUAUGCCCAGGAGAAAUUUCCCUAUUGCAGUGACAAGACACAAAUGGAAAAGCAGAGGUCCUGGUUUCACAGAGUAUGGACUAAUGAUGCACUGUGUUAAGGAUGAGCACACUGCCACAAAUAUGAACCUUCACUACUUGGAGAACGGUUACGUCAUGGUCAACUUCUUUUUUCAGAAAGAGUUGUUCUUUGUUCCCUUGGGAUUUGCUCUGAAGGCAUUGGUUGAUUUCUCAGACUAUCAGAUUUUUGAAGAGUUGGUCAGAGGAAAAGAAGGUGACACCUUCUACGUGAACAGCGUUACUGAGAUGAUGAGAGCAGUCGUGGAUGCAGGCUGCUUUACACAGCAAAAUGUCCUGGAGUACCUGGGCAAGAGCUUCAGAGUAAAACUUAACCUUCCUGAGUGGUACAGCAAUGAGCAGGCAGCAGAAUUCAUUUUGAACAACUGCAUCUGCAUACACCUGACAAACAGAACUGAGAAGUUCUACCUGCUGUGUAUGAUGACCCAGAAGCUGUAUGCCCUGGCCAAAGGGGAGUGCAUGGAGGAUAAUCCAGACAGCCUCAUGAAUCAGGAAGUGCUGACCCCAGGACAGCUUUUCCUUAUGUUCUUAAAGGAGAGGCUUGAAAGCUGGUUGCAAUCUGUUAAGUUUGUUUUGGAGAAAAGAACAGAAAAAACAGAGGUCAGGAUAAAUGAAGACAGCUUGGUGAAGGCCUUUAGCCUGGCAGCAGACUUCUCCAAGCCGUUUGAAUAUCUUCUUGCAACUGGUAACCUGCGAACUAAAACAGGCCUGGGCAUGCUGCAGAACAGUGGUCUGUGUGUGGUGGGGGACAAGCUGAACUUCAUUCGCUACCUUUCGCACUUCCGAUGCGUGCACAGAGGAGCAGCCUUUGCUCAGAUGAGAACUACGACUGUCCGCAAGCUGCUGCCUGAAUCCUGGGGCUUCCUCUGCCCUGUGGACACCCCAGAUGGAGAGCCCUGUGGCCUGAUGAACCACAUGACAGCAGUGUGUGAGAUAGUGACAGAGAUGGUGCCCACAAUAGACAUUCCACCUCUGUUAUGUUCCUUGGGUGUCAGCCCCAUUGAUGCAACUCCAAGCAAGCCUUACUCAGAGUGUUACAGAGUUGUGUUGGAUGGCUCUGUGGUGGGCUGGGUAGAGGAGGAGCUGGCUCCUGAGAUUGCAGAAACUCUUCGCCGUUUCAAGAUCACCCAGGAGAAGAGAUUCCCUGCGCGGGCAGAAGUGGUCCUCAUCCCCAUGACGGGGAAGCCCAGUCUGUACCCUGGGCUGUUCGUUUUCACUACCCCUUGCCGAAUGGUGCGGCCUGUCAGGAACCUCUUCUAUGGAAGGAAUGAAUGGAUUGGUACUCUGGAACAGAUCUUCAUGAAUGUGGCCACACUGGAGUCAGAGGUGGUUCCUGGAGUGACCACUCACCAAGAGCUCUUCCCUCACAGCAUUCUGAGUGUGGUAGCCAACCUCAUCCCCUUCUCUGACCACAAUCAGAGUCCACGGAACAUGUACCAGUGCCAGAUGGGAAAGCAAACCAUGGGGUUUCCAGUGUAUAACUACAAGGACCGUUCAGAUAACAAACUCUACCACCUUCAUACCCCCCAGAGCCCUCUGGUGCGGCCCAGCAUGUAUGACUAUUAUGGUAUGGACAGCUAUCCCAUUGGCACCAAUUCAGUUGUGGCUGUCAUAUCCUACAGCGGCUAUGACAUGGAAGAUGCAAUGAUUGUGAACAAAUCUUCCUGGCAGAGAGGGUUUGCCUACGGAAGUGUUAUCAAGAUGGAGAGCGUUGACCUUUCCCUGAAAGCUAGCAGGGCAGGAGAUAAUUUAGUGUUUGGCAUCAGACCUGGGGAUCCUAAUCUUACAGAGAAGCUGGAUGCAGAUGGACUGCCUUUUGUUGGCUCCAUCCUACAGCCUGGAGACCCCUUCUACAGCUUCAUGAACCUCAGCACGGGGGAGACCUUCACUGUGAACUACCCGAACAAGGAAGUCGGCAUUGUGGACAGCGUCAGGUUAUGCAGUAACGACCGCGGCACCGGCAAAUUCAAGAAGGUUUGCAUCACCGUGAGGGUUCCCAGGAACCCAACCGUGGGAGACAAAUUUGCUAGCCGGCACGGCCAGAAAGGGAUCCUGAGCCAGCUGUGGCCAGCUGAGGACAUGCCCUUCACGGAGAACGGGAUGGUUCCCGACAUCCUCUUCAACCCUCACGGCUUCCCCUCGCGGAUGACCAUUGGGAUGUUAAUUGAGAGCAUGGCCGGGAAGUCGGCAGCGCUGCACGGCGUCUCCUACGAUGCCACCCCCUUCACCUUCACGGAGAAGAACUCUGCUUUGAAAUACUUCGGGGAGACCUUAGCGAGCGCAGGUUACAACUACUUCGGGACGGAAAAGAUGUACAGCGGCAUCAGUGGCCUGGAGCUGGAGGCAGACAUCUUCGUGGGAGUGGUCUACUACCAGCGCCUGCGCCACAUGGUCUCCGACAAGUUCCAGGUGAGGACGACGGGGCCCAGGGAUGCUGUCACCAACCAGCCCGUCAAAGGGAGGAACGUGGAAGGCGGGAUCCGCUUCGGCGAGAUGGAACGCGAUGCCCUGCUGGCUCACGGGACCUCCUUCCUGCUGCAGGACCGCCUCUUCAACUGCUCCGACGGCUCCGUAGCCUAUGUCUGCAUGAGCUGUGCCAGCAUGACGUCUCCUGUGCUGGAGAAACCACCGCACUCCACCUCCCUGACCAGCAAUAGGAGGUACUCCUGCUCUGUCUGCAAGGAGGUGGACAGUAUCGAAGCCGUCCCUGUGCCCCAUGUCUUCCGUUACUUUGUGGCAGAGCUGGCAGCCAUGAACAUAAAAACAAAGCUGAAGGUGGAGUAGCUGUGUCCUCAGGCAGGGUGAUGCUGCUGUUGGGAGGCAAGAAAGAAGCAGGUGGCAGUCCUGCAUUUGCCCCGCCAUGUUUCCCCACCAGGGGUUUCAAGAGUUCAAGUUCUCAAGUUCUUUAAUUCGAUGUUUUGUAUUGAGAGGAG